CGGGGCAGGACAGUCGAAGAGUAGCGAUCGAGCAAGGGAGGUACCGUCGCACGAACAGUGGGGGACACAACAACAUUAUCACUUGUUUUGUUUUCUCAUUUAGUUUUAUUAUUAUAUAUUAUAUUUUUAUAUUGUCUCAGCUGAGCCCCCUAAUCCGCUCUAUUAGACGCUGCCUCUUGGACAGUUUUAUUUUUUUUUUGACAUUUUGUUUACAUUCUCGAAUUUUAUGUUGGUUUUUUUAUAAGACAUUGCAUCCUGUAUAUAAAACAAUAUUGAGUAUACGGAUUGGUUGUAUAAGUAUUUUUUACAACUAUUGUUUUGCUGUAGACUCUACUAGUGAAUGUGUGUGAUUUGUGUAAUCAACGAAAAGAAGGCAAGGAUUCAUCACUCAAAUGAGAUGCCAGAAGGUUGGAGGUACAGGAGUGGAUGGAAGCAUGUGAUGGUUGAGGUGCUCACGAAAUGCCCUCUCCCGUCGGGUCGCUAGACGAAGGGGACGCUAUAAGGAUGAGUCCCGAAGAGGAAAGCACGCCGACGGCCGGGGUUAUUGCCGGCGUUUCUGAAAACGAACCUAGAAUGUCCUCCCCACCUUCAGGUAGCAAGUUCUGCGAAGAUAAGGACAAAUAUGAUGACUCGUGGGGAACGAGUGACGUUGAGAAAUUUGACGGAAAGAUAGUCUACAACCCGGAUGGGUCAGCUUAUAUCAUCGAAGACAGCGAGUUGAGCGAGGAAGACCCAGAACUUCCCCAGCUCAUUGGAGACGGCUGCAUAGUUGAUGGUCGAGGGGUCGACACCCAAUAUCAGGUUUUCCCUCAGAUCGCAAAUGCUUUUUAUGUCUCGAGAAAUACUUCAAUUCUCGCCUCUCUUUAUGGUGACUACAAACUGAAAGAAAAAGCUCCGGAAGUCCCUAUUAUGCAUUCCUAUAGGGUGUUCACCGUAAGAGAUAAAAGUGCCGAAGAUCGUAGCCAAACGACCCAACAAAACAAUACUGGGAAAGACUGUUCUUCCGUUCCAGUAAAACCUAUCCUCAUGUGCUUUAUAUGCAAGCUCUCUUUUGGAUAUUCAAAGUCUUUCGUUGCCCAUGCUAUGGGAGAUCAUAACUUGGUUUUACAAGAAGAUGAGAAGGAUAUUCUAGGUCACAAAAACGCUUCGGCGAUUAUACAAUGUGUUGGGAAGGAGAAAGAACCCUUGGUUUCCUUCCUGGAACCUGUGAGCCCAGUUGUGAGGCCGGUGAGUGAGUUGAAGAGGGUGAGUGAAACGGACGAUAAAGCUGAGGAUCUUGCGCCGUCUAGAGUUUCGCCGCAGGACCUGCAUAAAAUUGUUCCUGAGACUAUACCGGUCUCCCUACCUCAAAACGGUAGUUCUAGUAUUAGUGUUAACAAUAGGCUUAUCAACUGUGGAAUAGACUUGACGAGGAAAAGCCCAGCUAACGAAAUGUCACCUGGUGCCAGCCCGUCACCUGUAUCAAACCUCAGCCCUUUACUCAAUAUGUAUCCUCAACACCCGCCCAACUUCCUCACCGGUACGACAAUAGGAGUCUGCCCGGACCACAUGGGUGGGAGGCCGUCCGGAGUAGAGUGCGCCAAGUGUGAGCUUAUUCUUACUUCAUCCCGAUUAGGCGUCGGUGGACCUUUAGCCGGUAUGCAUUCUCGGAACUCUUGUAAAACACUGAAGUGUCCGAAAUGCAACUGGCAUUAUAAAUACCAAGAAACACUCGAAAUACACAUGAAAGAGAAACAUCCUGAAACUGAAACAUCUUGUAUAUAUUGUAUAGCUGGUCAGCCCCACCCACGGUUGGCUAGAGGAGAGACGUACACGUGUGGCUAUAAACCAUACCGUUGUGAAGUUUGUAAUUAUUCGACUACAACCAAAGGGAAUCUUAGUAUCCACAUGCAAUCUGACAAACAUCUCAAUAACAUGCAGGAGCUGCAGAACGGUGGAGUGCAAUCUGAGAUGCAACAGCCCACUCCCCCACCACAAAACAAACCAGGUGGCAUGCCAAGUCCAGCACACCACUCUCCUAUCAGUGCUCAAAGCCAAAAACCUAAACCCACGUUCAGGUGUGAUGUUUGCAAUUAUGAAACUAAUGUUGCUCGAAAUUUGAGAAUACAUAUGACAUCUGAAAAGCAUACACAUAAUAUGAUGGUGUUACAACAAAAUGUAAAGCAUAUGCAAACCUUAGCUCUUCAGCAAUCACACCACCAACAACUGAACUUUGAGUCUCUUCUUCAUUUCCAUCCUGGAUUGACAUUGCCUGGGGAAAAGCCUCCUCCCCAUACGGAGGCGGCUCUUGCGGACAUGGCAUACAAUCAAGCUCUUCUAAUUCAAAUGAUGACGGGAGGUCAACUCCCGCCUCAUAUACCUCCUGAAUUAGCACCACACAUGGAUAUGGGACUCAACCCAGAAACAAUGGAACCUCCGCCAGAGCCUGCUGACCCCAACCCUGAACAUAUGUUCCAAUGUUGUGUCUGCAAUGUCUUCGGUACUGAUUCAUUGGAGGCAUUAUCUCACCAUCUUGCCCAGGACAGGACUAAGAUCAGAGAGCAGGAAAUACUGGCUCUUGUCGCCGGGCAUUAUGUCUGUAAGUUGUGUACCUACAAGACUAACCUGAAGGCCAAUUUUCAGCUCCACUGCAAGACGGACAAACAUCUCCAGAGGCUUCAACAUGUUAACCAUGUGAAAGAAGGAGGUCCCAGGAAUGAAUGGAAGCUGAAAUAUGUUUCUUCACCUGGUGGUGUCCAGGUUCGAUGUCACGCCUGUGAUUACUAUACUAACAGCGCUCACAAACUGCAAUUGCACGCUGCAGGUCAAAGGCACGAAGCGGCUCAGUUGUUAUUCAGGCACCUAAGAGAAUCUGAUAACGAACCCGGGAUGAAGAUGUAUCACUGCGCUCUUUGUGGUUUCUCUGCGAGGGCGAAGCUGCCGCUGCUCCAGCACGUAAGGUCCAUGAAGCAUCUUCAGAUGGAGCAACUCCACCAGCUCCAGCGGCGGUCCGAGGGCAAAGAGCUUCAGACUGACAUCGGUGAAGUGUUCCAGGUCAUACCUCAGCAGCAUGAACAAGAUCAAGAAACUAGCAAGGAGAGUAGACCUGAACGUAAAGAAACACUGAUGAACCACGAAGAAUCGGAAGACCGACCCGGUGAACACGCUUGUCCAUUUUGCAAUUACACCAGCAAUUCCGAGAUGAGAAUACAAGCCCAUGUACUUGCCCAGCAUCCCCAACAGGAGCAGCAUCAUAACAAAGAGCAGCCCUCGAGAGAUUUCCUCUGUCCCCUCUGCCAGGACGGCUUUAAAGACAAACCUUCUCUUGAGAAGCAUGUGAUGCAGAUACAUAGCGUAAAUUCUGAGGGCCUUCAGAGGUUGCUGAUGUUAGUUGAUCAGUCACAUUGGCUCAAUCAGAGCAGGUCGACACCCGGACAGAGCAACAGUCCGUCAUCAUCAUCGGAGAGAGAAAAGGAGUCUAAAGAGGAAGAAAAAGAGGAGAGCAUGGAAGACCAAAGUGAAGAUGAAAAUAAAUGUCAAGCCUGCAGUAGAACAUUUAAGAAUAUUGACGAAUUAUGUAGCCACCAAAACGAGACAGGACAUCUUGAGUUGAAACAAACCCCGAGUGGCCCUGGUUAUCUGUGCUGGAAGAAAGGAUGCAAUCAGUACUUUCAGACAGCCCAUGCGUUGCAAAUGCAUUUUAGAGAAAUUCACGCACGCGGUGGUAAUCAAAAUAUGGCCGUAUCUGAAAAACAUGUCUAUAAAUAUAGAUGUAAUCAAUGUAGUCUGGCUUUUAAAACUAUGGAAAAAUUACAACUCCAUUCACAGUAUCAUUUGAUCAGAGAUGCUACUAAAUGCGUAUUGUGUGGUAGAAGUUUUAGGUCCAUACUAGCUCUGCACAAACAUGUCGAAACAGCUCAUUCAGAUUUGUCUGAAGAUGAAAUGGCUGCUUAUAAACAGAGUCUUAUGAAUAAUCCUUUAUUAUUAGCUGGUAUCAGUGGCCAGAUUCUCGACCCGUCUACAAACGAACUUCUCAAGAGAGAAAGCAUGAAAGUAGAUGGAGAAGAAAUGGAAACCGACGAGAAUAAAGAACAUGAUGAACAAUUGCCACCAGAAGGUGAAAAUAGUGAUGAUUCUAUAAUAUACAAAGAGCAACAGUUUUUGGAGGAUUAUCUCAAUAGCCAGGCUAUUGCUGAAGAUAGCUAUAAUGAUCCUUCACGUAAAUACAAGUGCCACAGGUGCAAAGUAGCUUUUACUAGGCAGAGCUAUCUCACUAGUCACAACAAAACUCUCUUACACCGUAAAGGAGAAAAGCUUUCUUAUCCAAUGGAAAAAUAUUUAGAUCCAAAUAGACCAUAUAAAUGUGAUGUCUGUAAAGAAUCUUUUACUCAAAAGAAUAUCCUUCUUGUUCAUUACAAUUCUGUCAGUCAUUUGCACAAAUUGAAAAGAGCAAUGCAGGAGCAACAGCAAUUGCAGCAGAACAAUAACAACAAUAAUCCAGUGUCUCCGCAUGCAACGGCCGCCGCCGCCGCUGCAAUUGCUGCUUCAUUAGGUGUUCCUCCAGGAAUGGGUCAGAAACAAUCACAAGAUGAAGAUGAUAAGAAACCGUACAAGUGCAAUAUUUGUAAAGUAGCCUACAGCCAAGGGUCCACCCUGGAUAUCCAUAUGCGGUCUGUAUUACAUCAAACCAGAGCAUCUAAGCUUCAAGACCUAGCAAUUACUGGACAGAUUGAUUUGAGCAAACCAUUAAUUGAACAGCCUGAACCACAAAAGGCACAAGACCAACACAAGAAACUGAUUCAGGAUAUUUUGGGAAGUUCACCGAAGCAGGUCAUGUCUUCUCCACCCUCAUCAGGGAGCGGCUCCAUAUCCUCCCAGAUCCCUGGCUCUUCCCCGGGAUCCUCUAAUAUAGUUCCUCCAGCCGCUUCAACCCCUAACUCUAAUACAGUUCCUACUAGUUUAUCCAAUUCAACAUCGAAUUCUGUGAUACCUUCUCCUAAUUCUCAAGGAAUGUUAACAUGUGGACGUUGCAAUGCUUUAUUUGUGAACCAAGAACAACUUACAACUCAUCAGCAACUAUAUUGCCUAUUUAACAACCCUAUGUCUAUGUUUCCUCCAUUGCCGACACCCCCUUCAUCAUCGGCAAACCUUUCAUCACCUACACCUAGUAAGUCACCACCAGCAAUUCCUUUAACUCCAAUGACUCCAUCUAAUGAAGAUUCAUUUCCUAGGAUAUCAUUACCAACUAAAAAAUCAUCACAAAUGUACAAACAUUUAUUAGAGAGUUUUGGUUUUGACCUUGUUAUGCAAUUUAAUGAGAAUCAUCAAAGAAGACAAAGGAAAGAGCGAGAGGAAACUGAAAAAUUUCUUUCAGAAAUAUCAUCUACAACACAACCAUCUGAUGAAGCUCAAGAAAUGCCUCCUGAGCCUGAAAAGGUAGAAGUGAAAAUGGAAGAAGAGCUGGUAGAUUUACCAGAAGUUGCAAAAUCAACUUGUCAACACUGCAAUAAAGAAUUUUCAAGUGUGUGGGUCUUAAAAGCUCACUGCGAAGAGGUUCAUAAAGACUUAGUACCCUUGGAUUUUCUUGAAAAAUAUGCGCAACAAAUCAAAUGUGAAUAUGAAAAGAAAAUUCCUACUACUGCUGGAACACCUGCUGUCACUUCGACUACAGGUUCUCAGGAAAAUAACAACACUACCACACCUGAAAAGGAAGAGGAUAAUAAAGAAGCCAUUCAAGCAAAAAUAGGAUUGCAGCAGCAACAAACUCCUGAAGCUGCUACUGCACCUAGCACUCCAACUGCAUCUUCCACACCUGCUUCAUCAACUGAUUCUUUACCGGCAAACUUGAGUAAUUCAUUAGCUGCUGCAGUUGCAGGCAUGAGUGGGAAUGCAGCUAAUAUGGCACUUGCUCAGCAUAUGAAUGAAAUGCAAGCUGCACUUAAUGUUAUGGCUGCAUCACAAAUCCAACAGCAGUUGCAGCAGUUUAAUCCAAUGAUGAUGGGCAUGGCUGGGCUUGGUAUGGGACUUCCACUCGGACUCAACAUGCCAGCUUUAGCAGCAAUGAAUCUGCAACCACCUCUAGUUCCUAUGAUGAUGCCACCACCAACAUUUGAUUCUAUGGUUGGCCUCAGUCAAGGGCAAAAUCCACUAUUCAACCCCCAGGGCAUGGAUGCGACUGCAGCACAGCUGAUAGCAAAACAACAGCAGGCUUUAAUGCAACAACAACAGCAACAGGUGGUUAACGCAUCUCAACAAAAACGAGCAAGGACAAGAAUUACUGAUGAUCAAUUAAAGAUUUUAAGAGCUCAUUUUGACAUAAAUAAUUCUCCAUCAGAAGAGCAAAUCAAUGAAAUGGCUGGUCAGAGUGGACUACCUCCAAAAGUUAUCAAACAUUGGUUUAGAAAUACACUGUUUAAAGAAAGGCAAAGAAACAAAGAUUCACCCUACAAUUUCAAUAAUCCACCAUCCACUACUCUCAAUCUUGAAGAGUAUGAAAAGACUGGUGAAGCCAAAGUUACACCUUUAAAUGUUUCUAGUAAUAGCAGUGAAGAUCAGAACAGCUCUAAAGAAGCUCCGAAGACUCCUACUCCUACAAAACCAUCUCCCUCUCCAAUACCACCAUCACCUCAGAUGCCACAACCAUCCCAUACACCUCAGCAACAGCACCAGCAACAAUAUCAGCAAAACCAGUACACUCAGGACAUAAAGACUGAGCCUCGAGAUCAUGAUUUCCAGGAGCAGGAACAAGAGAAACAACACCAUCAGCAAUCACAAUACAAUCACAAUCCUCUUCAAAGCCCUAUGAGUCCGAAUGACCGCAUUAACUUAGUAACAUCUAGAAACAACUCUCCUGAAAAUUUAACUUUAACAUCUAUCAUUUCAUCUCAGCUGGGCCCUAAUAUGCCGCCAAACAUGACACCUAAUACUCCAAUGAGCAUUGCCUCAUCUCAUCCAAAUAUGUUACCUCCUAAACUAACACCUCCCAACUUCACAACUCCUAACCAUCAACUACAGAUGACUCCAACAAGUACAGAUUGCUAUUCACAUGCUCUCAUGGGCGGCGGUUCCGGCAAUUCAAGUAGCUCAUCUGGAAAAAGAGCAAAUCGAACAAGAUUCACAGAUUACCAAAUUAAAGUACUUCAAGAAUUUUUUGAGAACAAUGCUUAUCCCAAAGAUGACGAUUUGGAAUAUCUUUCGAAACUCUUGAGUCUCAGCCCUAGAGUCAUUGUAGUGUGGUUCCAAAAUGCCCGACAGAAAGCUAGAAAAGUGUAUGAAAAUCAACCUCCAGUUGAACUGUCUCCUGGGGUGGAUGAAACUGGAGCUGGAAGAUUUCAGCGCACCCCCGGUCUCAAUUAUCAAUGCAAAAAAUGUCUCUUAGUUUUCCAAAGGUAUUACGAACUCAUUAGACAUCAAAAGACUCAUUGUUUCAAAGAAGAAGAUGCCAAAAGAUCAGCACAAGCCCAGGCUGCUGCAGCUCAAAUUGCUGCGGUCUUGUCCUCAGAAGAUUCUAAUUCAAGUACAAUAAUUGAACAAAAUGCACAAGGGCAAAUGUGUAUACCUGGAUUACCUACAAGCAAUCCUUCUACUCCUGCAGCUUCAGUAACUCCGACUCCAUCACAGAACAUGUUCACUCCUUCACCUGCUCCUAGUUCCAAUGCCAAUCAAGAUGGAAAAGACAGUUUCCAGUGUGAUAAUUGUAACCUCGUUUUCCCAAGGUUUGACUUAUGGAGGGAACAUCAGCUGGUACAUUUCAUGAAUCCUAAUCUUUUCCCAUCAUAUCCCCCUGACAGUCCUUUUGGAAUCUUACAACAGCAUGCUCAGCUUCAGCAACAACAGCAGCAGCAGCAAAGUCAGCAGCAAAAAAUGAAUGAAAUGCCAAUGAAUCCAAACAAUCCUCAUCCUUUGAUCUCAAUGCUUGCAGCUAACAAGAGGAAAUUUGAUGAAUUUGACGAGUCUAAUGAAAAGGAAGGCGAACAACCCAAAGAUAAGAGAUUAAGAACGACUAUUCUUCCUGAACAGUUAGACUACCUGUAUCAAAAAUAUCAAAUCGAAAGUAACCCAUCUAGGAAAAUGUUGGAAAAUAUUGCUAGGGAAGUAGGACUUAAAAAAAGAGUUGUGCAAGUAUGGUUCCAAAAUACAAGAGCUCGAGAGAGGAAGGGUCAGUUUAGGGCCCAUUCUCAGGUGAUAAAUAAACGGUGUCCCUUUUGCCCAGCAUUAUUCAAGGUCAAAUCUGCUCUGGAAAGCCACCUCACUACCAAACACGCCGACCAAUGUUCUCGUGGGGAAAUCAAUAUCGACGCAUUACCCGAUGAAGAGACGCCUGACAAUCAGUACCAUCAAAUGUCAAACGAUAGUCAAAAGUCCUCCUCAAACUUUAACAGCAUGAUGGUACCUUUUUCACCUUUUAACAACGAGAUGGAAAAUUCUUUGAAAAAGUAUUACGAAGAAUCGAUGAAAAGGUGCUACGAAGCCAUCAACGGUGGUGGAGGUAAAGAAAUUGGAGAUAUGAGUGUUAAGAAAGAAGGAAAGGGACAAGGUGAAGGAGGAGAUUGUCCUCUCGACCUCAGUAAACCAGUCGACCUGAGCAGGCCGAUGAAGCUGUCCUUAGAGCACAUGAUGAUGGAACAAGGGCCACUCACAGAUCUCAGCGAAAGAAGUUUGUGCGAUGACGACAGCUUUUCAGAAUGCACAGACAACAUGGACGACGAGAGUAACCCUACCUCUCCCGCUUCCAAUCAGAGUCAGCAACCGAAAUCAAAAAGGUUCAGGACGCCUAUGUCGACAUUACAGGUCAAGUUAAUGAAGACUUUAUUUGCGGAUUACAAAACGCCAACAAUGGCGGAAUGUGAGAUGCUAGGCAGGGAGAUAGGUCUUCAAAAACGUGUAAUACAAGUUUGGUUCCAGAAUGCUAGGGCCAAAGAGAAAAAGUACAAAGCGGCUAUCCAGUCAAUGGGUGGUCAAACAGAUCUCGAACGACCUCCUGAAGAGUGUAAAUUUUGCCAGUUCAAAUAUUCCCAUAAGUACUCUGUCCAAGACCACAUUUUCACCAAAAAGCAUAUAGACAUGGUGAAAAGUUAUUUGGAGAGUUCGCUAGUUAAAGGGGAAGACGACUUUACGGUGCCUCCAGCCCCAGGGGUUUCGGGCGAGAACAACAACAAUAACACGCAGGCCCAAAUGGCACAAUUACAGAUGCUGCAGAUGGCUGGUCUGUCGCAGGCGCAAGCAAUGGCGAUGGCGGUCAAGAUCGAGGGCAAGGAACAACAGCAGCAGCAGCAGCAGCAGCAACAACAGCAGCAGCAGCAGCAGCAGCAACAACAACCUAGUCCCGAAGACAUGGCCCUACUUCAGCAGAUCUACGGCAUCAGCGGGAGCUACCCUCAGGGCUUCGUCCAUCCUGCCCUCCUCUCCGCCACCGGUAAUUAAAAAAGCGAAGAUGGAGGCCUCCCGUAAAAAAAAUAUAUUUAUAAAUAAAAUAAAAAAAAGAAAUUCUGUUUAUACGUGUACAAUAUAAUUUAUAUAGUUAGAUAAAAAGUUAAUUUUAUUUGUAUAUUUAUUUAGUAUUUAGUAAGAAACUCGCAAAUGCGCACAUGUUCCUAUUUUAAUGUUAUAUUAUUAUACAUAUAUAUAAAUAAAUAGAAUUAUAUAUAUAUAUUCGCAAAGUCCCUCAAUAAGAUGAAUAAAGCUCAUUUUAUAUAUAUUAUAAAUAUUGUUUAUAUACAGUUGUAGAAAAGAAACAAAUGAAGAUAUUUUUAUAUAAAUAUAUAUAUAUUAUAUAAGGCAAUGUUUUAGUUUUUGUUAAUUGCUUUGUUGUAUAAAUUGUAUCAAAGUCUCCGGAACACGUAGCUUUAAGUCCUCGCUACGAGCUUUAUUAUAUUGUUAAUUAAAUUUUUAUUAGCGGAAAAAAAAAAGAAUUUAUGUUGCGAAUAAACGAGCUUGUGACAUAUUAAUUGUGUUUUAUUUAUUUAUUUUUGUUUUCCACAUUCUUUU